AUGGCCAUAGAUGAAGCUCGGACUGUUUUUAAUGUGCUCAUGACCACUGGCCAGGAGCGCAUUCGCCGUCAUUAUUAUUUUGGACUUCCAAUCAAAGUAAGUUUUAUGCUUUAUUUUGUCUUCUUGGUUUAGGUGAUGUACAAGAUGUUGAUGGAGAUAAAGUGUUUAAAUUGAUAAAAUAAGGUGAAUUUUAUAUUUUCAGUUAGAUAAUAGUCUUCUUUAGCUGUUUUCUUAAACUAAUGGUUUUAUUUUAAUUAAAUGUGACCUAAACUAAGAAAAACCUGAUCUUUGGGCAUGUGUAAUAUAAUUUUAUGAAAACUCCUUAUUGUUAAGUUUAAUCAAGUUUUUUAGAGUUUGGCCAUUUUUAUGACGUUUGUGGACUUGGUUGUUGCUGUAUUUCCUGCCAUGCUUGUGGCGACAAACUUUCGCAUUAUUUUGUUUGCAUUAACCUUUGGCAUCAGAGUUGGAGCUCUUUAUUCAGUUUUGGUUCCAAAAGUCCAACAUUUGAACAUGUAUCGAGGUGCUUUGGUAAGUUGUAGCUUCAUUUGGGUCUUGUUGUUGUUUUAAAGCUAAAUUUACCGAGAAGUUUACAGUUUGGCAUUAAUAAUAAGCUUUUUUUCAGUUAAUCACCGUUGGAAUUACAUUCGCAUUCAAUUGCAUGCACGUUGUUACUAACUUUACGUCCACAAACUGUCAGAAGAUCUACAUUCGCAAUCUCUUUGCCGUAUGUGGUGUAAUUUGCCCGAUUGAGGUGCUGGUAUUCACGACAAUCAGUGCCUACAUCAAUUUUGUCAUUGAGGAAGGUUCAACUCCAAACGAGCCUCAGAACCCAGAAAAUGGACAAAGUAAUCUUCAAACAGUGGUGAAGGGUGAAAAAGAAUCUCCAGCUAAAGAGAAUCUGAAUACUUCGGAGACUUCUGAAACCUUGAACACUUCUGUCACAGAUCCUCAACAUCCUCUGCUCUCUUAG